UGCUAAAUAUUUAUCUUUUACAUGGUUUUUAAAAUAAUUCUGAAAUCUGUGAAAGUAAUCCAAAUGAUGAAAUUACUUUAAAAGAUACCUCAUUUUGAAGAAUAAUUUUUUACAUAAUCGAAGAUGAAAGACAGAUUAUCUGAGCUGCGAACAUUGCAGCAAGAUCUUCCUCCUGAAUAUGAAGAAACAAAACUAGAUAUGGAAGAACCUCAAAAAGAGUUUAUGGACGAUUUCUUUAAAAAAAUAAAUGAUAUACAAAAGAAUAUACGUAGCAUUCAAGAAAAUGUUCAAGAAAUAAAAAAAAAGCAUAGCGCAAUCUUAUCUGCUCCCCAACCAGAAGAGAGGGUUAAAGAAGAAAUGGAGCAAUUAAUGGCAGAAAUACAACAGAAUGCUAAUAGAAUUAAAGUCAAUCUUAAAAAUAUGGAAAAAAGCAUAAAAGAUCAAGAAAGUGCAAACAUGGGAAACUUUGCAGAUAUUCGCAUAAAAAAGUGUCAGCAUUCAGCAUUAUCAAGAGAAUUUGUUGAAGCAAUGACUGAAUAUAAUAAUAUACAAAAUGACUACAGAGAUCGCUGUAAAAACAGAAUCAAAAGACAGUUGCAUAUUGCUGGUCGCACUGUUGAAGAUGAUGAGUUGGAAGAAAUGAUUGAAAGCGGAAAUCCAACUAUUUUUACGCAAGGGAUAAUAAUUGAGACACAGCAAGCAAAACAAUCGUUGCGAGAAAUUGAAGCUAGACAUAAUGAUAUUAUAAAAUUGGAAAACAGUAUAAAGGAAUUGCAUGAAAUGUUCACAGAUAUGGCAUUGUUAGUUCAAAGUCAGGGAGAAAUGAUAGACAGAAUUGAACACAAUGUUGAACAAGCUGCAGAAUUUGUUCAAAAAGCCGUAGUGGAUACAAAGAAAGCUGUUAAAUACCAAAGCAAAGCUCGUAGAAAAAAAUUUCUAAUCGCUGUAUGCUGUUUGGUGUUGUUACUUAUAAUUGCUUUAGCACUUUAUUUCAGUCUCAGAAAAUAAUAACUGCAAUAAGUUUCUUUCUGUUUGUGGAUGAUUGCAUUGGUUGCAUUUGUGUAUUUGUAAUUCAAGAAAGCAGAUUUCGGUUUGGAUUAUUGGAAUCAUACGAGAUUCUAAAAUGCUAAAAUUUUGAGGCAAGUUAACUGCAAUUUCCAAAUUAGCUUGCAACCUGAUGACUGAAAGCUUUUUUUGGGAAAGCUCUAUAUAAACUUAUUAGUGUCAAUAAUCUUAUAAAAUGUUUGAUUGUAAAUGAAAUAAGGUAUGGUACCUUGUAUAGAUUUUUUUAUAUAUCAAUGAUUUUUUUUAUUAUCAGAUGUUUUGCAAAUAGUCUGAUUAUUUAUGGUUUAAUUUUUGUUUUUUU